CUCGCGCCCUACAGCAUCCGCUCAAGUGCUCAACGCAGAGGCACACGCUCCAACGAGCCGAGCGGGCGAGCGGCUAACCCAAACCACAUGCCGCUGCUCCUCGCCUCCCCGGCGCCGCUGCCGCCGCGGUCGCCCGUGUGGGCGUCCAGGUCCCGCGUUAGAGUUGCGGCUUCUGCCGACGCCGGCGCCACCACCGCCGCCGCCGCCUCUGCCGGAGAGAGCGGCGGUGGCGGCGGCUCCAGCUUCCCGUCAUUCCUUCCCCGGGCGGUGGAGCGCAUCCGCGACGGCGCCGCCAUCCGCCUGGCCAAACGAAUCGAGCGGGUGCCCGUACAGACUGGCUUCUCAAAGAGCCCGAUACUGAGCAGCUGCGUAAGGCCGCUCGAGCAGCAACAGGGGAGUGAUCCGGUCGUGCUACUCCACGGCUUCGACAGUUCUUGUUUAGAGUGGAGAUACACCUACCCGUUGCUUGAGGAGGCUGGACUGGAGGCUUGGGCAGUGGACAUCCUUGGAUGGGGUUUCUCUGAUUUAGCAACACGGCCACCAUGUGACGUCGCGUCGAAGCGCGAGCAUCUUUACCAGUUCUGGAAAUCCUACAUCAAAAGGCCUAUGGUGUUAGUUGGACCCAGCCUUGGUGCUGCUGUUGCCGUUGAUUUUUCGGUCAACUAUCCGGAAGCGGUGUCAAAAUUGAUUUUCAUUGGUGCAAGCGUAUAUUCUGAGGGCCCAAAAGAUAUGACUAGAUUGCCUAAAUUUGUUUCAUACGCCGGGGUUUUUAUACUGAAGAGCCUUCCACUACGAUUAUUUGCUACACGCUUGGCAUUUAACAGUAUUCCAGAUGAAUUAUUCUUUGAUUGGGUGCAAAUUGGCCGUCUACAUUGCUUACUUCCCUGGUGGGAAGAUGCCACUGUUGAUUUUAUGAUUAAAGGGGGCUAUAAUGUCCUAAACCAAAUAGAACAGGUUAAGCAAAAAUGCCUGAUCAUAUGGGGAGAGGAGGAUGGAAUAAUAAGCAGUAAACUAGCAUAUAGAUUGCAUCAAGAACUCCCAGAUGCUAUUUUAAGGCAGGUACAGCGGUGUGGCCAUAUUCCUCAUGUUGAAAAGCCAAGGGAAGCGGCGAAACAUGUUCUUGAGUUCCUUGAGAGAGAUAAAGCAGGAAAGUCGAACCGGGAUAGGCCUUCUUCCGUACCAUCAGUACCUGCGAGCCGCUGAGCAGAUCCUCCAGGCAAGCGUUUACGAAGCACUGGUGUAAUGUAAAGUAAAUACGCUCAUGGAGUCAUGGAUAUGCUUGCGAUUCUCCGUAUACUCUGCCUUGUGCGCGCCGGGGAUGGGAACAACCGAGUGGAUGAUCUGGUGCCGAGGCUUUUCCGUGUGAGAUCGGAGACGCGAUCGAGCGACGCACACAGACGCUACUGUCUGCUGCACUUUUUUUAUCCUGUUGGUCAGCUAGCAGUGCCAGAUGUGUUAGUGUUGACACAUUCACGCGGUAAUAAUAUCGUGCAAGCUAUUAUUCCGUUC